GGCAGGGGGCGGGUUGAUGGCGCUUUUAUCUUUUAUAGGCGUAGGCGUUUGUCAAUCUUGCCUAAAUUACAAAAAUAAAAUGUGGAAAUAAAAACAUUUUAUUUACAAGGAUUAUCAACAAGUUAUUGUGGAAAACGGAGGUUGUAAAGCCUAGGUUACAUACGUUUUUAUAAUUAAUUUAGAUGCGUUGAGUGUUUGGUUGCUAAGUAACGUGAAAAGCGUCUGGCAAUAGGCGGGUCUUCAGAGAAGAGUUUAAUUUCUCAAAAUUACGAUUUACUAGCUUUGCAACUGCAGGCAGAAGCAGUAACAGGGCCAACGAAAGCAUGAGCCGGCUGUACGACACCGUGGAGCCCAGCGUGGUGGAUGAGCAGAUGCUUCAGAAGGCCGUGGAGGAGCAGGGACCCCAGGACCAGGCCGGGAGCAUCGCCAAGGAGGAGGGCAUCCAGUAUGGAGAGGUGUGCCAGCUGCGCCUGGACUACAGGAACAUCCUGAAGAUUGACCACCUGUGGCAGUUCACCGCGUUGACUAAGCUGCAGCUGGACAACAACAUCAUUGAGAAGAUCGAAGGGCUGGACUGCCUGACCAACCUGGUGUGGCUUGACCUCUCUUUCAACAAUAUUGAGGUGAUUGAGGGUUUGGACUCUUUGGUGAAGCUGGAGGAUCUAAGCCUGUACAACAACAGGAUCUCCGUCAUCGAGAAUAUGGACUCCCUUCAGCAGCUGCAGGUCCUUUCCCUGGGAAAUAACUGCCUGGCCCAGCUGGACAACGUGGUUUACUUGCGGAGGUUGAAGAGGCUGCGCACGCUGAACUUGGCUGGAAACCCCGUUCACAAAGAUGAAAACUAUAAGACCUUCAUCACAGCCUACCUGCCUAACCUGGUCUACCUGGACUUCAGGCUGCUGGAUGAGCAGACCCGCGAGGUGGCCUGCGUGCAGUACCAAUACGCCAUCGAGGAGAUGACGCAGAACGAGGCGCAGGAGGCGCAGACGCAGGCAGAGCUGCGCAGGCAGGCGGAGGAGCUGCAGCUGCACAAGGCUGCCUGUGUGGAGUUCCUGAACGGGUCCUUUCUGUUCGACAGCAUGUUCAUGGAGGACCCCGAGGCGGCCAAGCUGGCCUACCUGCCUGGAGUGGCCCAGCUCCUUGAUUCCUACAAGAGCCAGUUUGUGGCGUAUUGCCAGCAGGUGUUUGAGGUGGGGCUGGCACAACAUAAGAGGAGAGAGGCAGACGUCAGUGCGUUCUUCGACUGUGUCCACGAUGCCGUGAAGGACAACCAGGAGAGAGCCGCGCAGAAAGUGGCCACCUUUGAGAAGAGCAGAAGAGAGGUACUCGGUGAGCUGCAGCAGCUGUCGGACGCGAGGCUGCUGGAGAUGAGGCUGGCCGAGAGCAGUGAGGAGGUCAACCAGCUCUGCGACUGUCUCAUGACCCUGGAGUUGCAGCUGGUUGACCAGCUGGAGGACAUCAUCAAGGACUUUGAGAGGACCAUUUCAGACAUGGUGAACGGGUUCAUCGAGGUGGUGCAGGGGAUCUUCACCCAGUGCAGAGACCUAGAGAACAACCACCAUGAGAAGCUGCUGGAGAUCGCUGUAGCAACAUUAGAGAAAGUGGCCAAGAACGAGCUGGAGGAGGAUAUGCCUGAUGACGUGCGCAUGCUCUUUGUGGAUAAGGACACGGUCAUCAACGCAGUCAGCGCCUCUCACGACACACACCUGCUGAAAAUCGAUAACCGCGAGGACGAACUGGUGACCCGGAUCAAUGCCUGGACCGCCACGCUGGUGGAGAAGAUCCACAACCAAGAGGUGCAGAGAAACCGCAAGCGUGUCUCUGAGAUUCACAACUAUAUUGACUACCUGAAGGACCAGUUGGAUGACCUGGGUCUACAGGAGGCCCUGUAGGGAGAGAGACUGGGAAGCACAGUCAGAGGAAGGAAAAGGGACUUGGAAAGAUGCUGGGAGAGCACCAGGACACAGAGAGGACCUACAAGGGACAACAGAGGACCUGCAGGGUGUAAAAAUAGACAAGUGUUUUUUAAACAAAUUCCACAUUUCUUAUUUUAAUAUAUAAUAUGUGCACUGUGUAAAACACUUGUAUAAAAAAGCAACAUACCCCACCUCUGAGAAAAUUGGGUUAUCUUCCAUUUAAAAUAAUGAAACAUCACAGUUUAAGGAGAUUAUGGGAUUUGCAGUAAGUUUCAUGGCUGAAAACAAAAUCAGUGCCUGUACCCCGCCAAACUAGGUCAUUCUAACCUGCAUUUAAUAUCUAGUGUCUGUGCCAGACUAAGUACAAGCAAAAGAAAAACCUUACUUCAGGGAAAUGAAUCAACACAAAUGAAUCCUGUUUCUCUUAUUCAGACUGACCAUUUAGGAAUGCAUUACGGUACUAGUACCCCAUAGGCAUCGUUGACACUAAGGAUUACAAAGCACCCAGUUAGGGAAUAGAUGCUUUUAAUCACUGGUAAUUCACUUCUCUUGAAUUUUAUUUAGUUAGAUGCAGUGCACAUUUUCAAAUAACUCUCCCUCCCAGUUAAUUCCCUAUCUGCUUGAUAAAACAACAGUGCCACCUUCAGGUUAGAGAUGUAAUCUCCAGAACAACAGCUCCACAAAAAAAAAGUUUGUCAUAAUUUGUGUUUUAAUGGUGAAAUAAAAUACAAAUUCAUCAGA